AUGGCCCCUCCUACGGCAACAUACACUGAAACCUCCAAUGUCCCCGCCGCCGGUUACAACACAGCGGACGCUCAACCCGAAGGCACCGCUCCCAACGAGCCCAAGUUGAAGCAAGGCAAUGCCGAUGUUCAGAUGCAGAAGUUCCCCUCCCCACCGCGCUUCACAGACAAAUACGAAGAGAGGGAAUACCUCAAGGGCCGCCUGGCACUCGCAUUCCGCCUCUUCGGCAAGUUUGGUUUCGAUGAAGGCGUCGCGGGCCACAUCACUCUGAGAGACCCCGUGAACCCCAGCACCUUCUGGGUGAACCCCUUCGGUCUGGCAUUCUCGCAGAUCAAGAGAUCAGAUCUCAUCCUCGUCGACCACGACGGAAAAGUCAUCGACGGCGGGCCAAACAGACUGCUCAACCAAGCCGCAUACAUGAUCCACGCGGCUGUCCACAAGGCUCGUCCAGACGUCGUCUGCGCCGCUCACUCACACAGCAUCUACGGCCGCGCCUUCUGCGCCCUGGGCCGACCAAUUGACAUCAUCACGCAGGACAGCUGUGCGUUCUACAACGAUCUCGCCGUGUACAAUUCAUUCAAGGGUGUGGUCCUGGCCAAGGAAGAAGGAGAAAACAUUGCCCGUGCAAUUGGAAACAAGAAGGCCUGCUUGCUACAAAACCACGGUCUCUUGACCUGCGGACAGACGAUUGAGGCUGCGUUGUUCUGGUUCUGCUCCUUGGAGAAGUGUUGCCACGCCCAGCUCAUGGCUGAUGCGGCUGCUGCUGGACGUGGAGGAGCAACGGUCAAGAUCGACGAUGAGGAUGCUGCGUUUACCUACAAGUCUGUGGGCACACCCAGGGCCGGUUGGUUCAGCGCGAAGCCCCUCUUUGAUGUCAUGAUUCAAGAGUGUGGCGAUGAGUAUCUGCAGUAG